GCGAUCGUAAAAGGAUGGAGCGCUGGAAAGGCCGAACAGCCCUCGUAACCGGGGCCUCCUCCGGGAUUGGAUACACCAUAGCCGACACACUGGCGCAGCACGGUAUGAACGUUGUCGCCUGCGCCAGGAAUAUUAGCACCAUUGAGGAGCUUGUGAGGAAGCACGAAACCGCCGGAAAUGGACGGAUCGAAGCGGUACAGUGCGACGUUACUAGUGAAGCGGACAUUCAGCGGAUGUUCAGCCACAUCGAGCAGCGCUACUCCCACGUGGACGUCCUCAUCAAUAACGCUGGUAUAGCCAAACUGGGCGAUUUUCUUACCGGACAGUCAGAGAAAUGGCUCGACAUGUUCCAGACAAACGUGCUAGGAAUGAGCAUGUGCGCCAGGGAAACACUGAAACUCAUGCAGAAAAAUGGGAUAACCGACGGCCAUAUUAUUCUCAUUAACAGUUAUGGUGGACAUAAGAACAUCACCUACGGUCCCAUGCAUUUCUACUCGGCCACCAAACACAUGGUGACGGCACUGGCGGAAGCACUGUACCGGCAAGUGCGCGCGAUGACACCGAAGAAUAACAUUCGAAUAACGGAUAUCAGUCCCGGGGUGGUGGCGGACACGCAACUGAUGCCGCGUGCUUUCGCCGAUGCUGCUUCCGAGAGCCGACCUGCCGCGUCCCGUUUGACCGCUUCCGAGUAUCAGCGGCUACGUACCGAGGAUGUGGCCAACACGGUGCUGUUUGUCCUAUCUGCUCCACUCUACGUCAAUGUCAAGACCGUAAUCCUGUGCUCAACAGAGCAACCGGAAGUCUGAUGAUAACACUAUAGCACAUACAGUAAUCAAUUAAUAAUAAUACUGUUAUCCACAAGACAGUAUACGGACCAUGGGAAUACCGGCUUUGCUUUUCGACAUUCAGUACAAUAUGAAAACAAUGAUGUGAUGAUUGUUAUUAAGUACAAUUAGGUAUUGAAGGUACUGUACUUACUCGUGUCCUGCGUUGCCCGUUGACAUUACAUAAGUAAACACCUGCACAACUGUCGGAAGCAUAUUUUUUUGCAGUCUGCUAGGCAAACUUUGCAAUUAUGCAAAGGAAAAAGCCGGAAAUAUGGCGAAUAAACAAAUUAUACUAACCCUAAAUCUUAAUACUGAAUACAUUUGAAAAAUUUUAUUUGCAAAGUUGGAAUUAACUCAAUCGUUCUAACGUUGCAUAAG